AUGGAAAAUCUGGUGAUUUCUUCGAAUAAAGGGGAACAAUUGGAGGAGAUGAAAUCUGCUGAGAUCAUUGCUGAGGAAGUUUCUCCUAAACACAAUGUUGAAAAUGUUUCUGCAACAUUGGGGGAGAACAAUGGGGAAGAGAUUAAAGAGAUGAAAUCUGUUGAGAUCAUUGAUGAGCAAGUUUAUCCUAAGCCCAUUGUUGAAAUUGAGGAGAUGGAGUCUAUAGACAUCCACGAAGAGGAGAAGACCGUUUCUUUUGAAUCUGAGACACAACAAGAUAAGUUGCGUAGUAAUGAUGAUGAUGAUGAUGACGAGAGUGAGAGUUCGUCUGAUUCAAAAGAUGGUGAUGAAAUAGAGGAAGCUGAUGAAGAAGAAACAAUGGAUGAUGAUAAAGAGCAGCCGAAACCCGACUCACCAGAUUCUAAUUCAUCAACUUCUGCUUGGACAGAGAAAGCAGCUGCAAUCAAGAAUUUCGUUAGAGUGAAGAGCGAAGUCGCGGUACAUACACUCAUGCGUCGUCUUUCCGGGAAAAUGAAUGAUGUCAAUGCUGCUCAUAACAUAUCAAAUGAUGGUACAGACACAAGAGGCGACGAAAUCAAAGUGGGGGAAUCACCUAAAGCAGAGGGAAAAGCGUCAAUAUGGAAUCCCUUAAGCUAUUUGAAGAUGAUGCAGAACGAUGAUACGGUUGACAAAGGAGAGGCGACGAAUAUGGAGGCGGCAUUGGAGCCUGUAGUGAUGAAAGGUAGAAUAGUACUUUAUACAAGACUAGGCUGUGAGGAGUGCAGAGAAUGUAGGUUAUAUUUGCAUGAAAAGAGGCUUAGAUAUGUGGAGAUAAAUAUCGACAUCUACCCAACAAGAACGUUGGAGCUGGAAAAGAUUUCUGGAUCUUCUUCAGAUGUUCCUAAGAUAUUCUUCAAUGAAGAGUUAGUUGGGAGUUUAAAAGAGCUCAAGGAAAUGGAUGAAUCAGGAGAACUUGAUGAGAAGAUUAAAUAUUUGAUAGCUGAAGCACCGCCUAGGGAAGCUCCUUUGCCACCAUUCUCAGGGGAAGAUGAUGCAUCAAGUAAAGGUCCUGUAGAUGAACUAGCUUUAAUAGUGCAGAAGAUGAAGCCUUGCAUUGUUAAGGAUCGGUUUUAUAAGCUGCGAAGGUUUAAGAACUGUUUCUCAGGUUCAGAAGCUGUUGAUUUUUUAUCCGCCGACCAACGUCUAGAAAGAGAAGCGGCUGUUGAAGUUGCUCGGAAACUUGCAAGCCAACUUUUCUUUCAACAUGUCUUAGAUGAGAAUCUGUUUGAGGAUGGGAAUCACAUGUACCGGUUUCUUGAUGAUGAUCCUAUCGUGUCAUCUCAAUGCCACAACAUCCCUAGAGGGAUAAUUGAGUUGAAGCCAAGGCCAAUUGUAGAAAUUGCGUAUAGACUCAGACUUCUGUAUCAAGCAAUCCUUGAAACUUACACUUCACCAGAUGGAAAACAUGUGGAUUACAGAAGUAUCCAUGGAAGUGAAGAAUUUGCAAGAUACCUACGAAUAAUCCAAGAGCUCCAUAGGAUAGAGCUUGAAGAUAUGCCGAGAGAGGAAAAGCUUGCAUUCUUUGUAAACCUUUAUAACAUGAUGGCUAUUCAUGCAAUACUAGUAUGGGGACAUCCAGUAGGACCACUUGAACGAAAUAAGAUGUUUGGGGAAUUCAAAUAUGUUAUUGGUGGCAACACCUACUCGCUCUCUGCUAUACAAAAUGGAAUUCUAAGGGGUAACCAGCGACCACCUUACAAUCUUAUGAAGCCUUUUGGUGCAAAAGAUAAACGUUCAAAGGUUGCUCUGCCUUAUGUAGAGCCUUUAAGUCAUUUUGCUCUGGUUUGUGGUACUCGGUCUGGACCACCUCUCCGAUGUUUCUCACCUGGAGAGAUCGAUGAAGAACUCAUGGGGGCAGCUCGCGAUUUCUUAAGAGGCGGUGGACUCAUAGUUGAUCUCAAUUCCAAGGUUGCUUACAUUAGCAAAAUCUUUAAUUGGUAUGGGGUUGAUUUCGGAAAGGGCGAAGAGGAGGUACUGAAGCAUGCAUCAACCUACUUGGAGCCACAACUUUCAGAAGCUUUGUUGGAUUUGCUAGUUGAUACUCAGUUUAGAGUUGUCUACCAAACAUAUGACUGGGGGCUUAACAACUAA